AUUAAAAAGAAGAGAAACAUGACGAUCACUCACCACAAAACACAUUUCCUGAAAUGAAGACGAGGAGAAAUGAGACAGCAACUUCAAAAGAAGAAGUCUUCAGCAUCAGUACCAACAGAAGUAACUCUCUUCUACAAAAACGGCUAUUAAAGUCAAGGAGAUAAAUCCUAAGAUCAGCAAUGUUGAAUUCUACAUGUUGUACAUGUCCGCAUUUAGAACGCAAGAAUGUGGUUUUUGUCACUGUGUAUUCAGUGGUCUUCAUAUUUGGACUGACCCUCAACGUCACCGCACUUGUAAUUUUUUUCCGCAAUUCUAAAUCACAGUCGCACACCACCACGUACAUGGUUCACCUAGCCUUUGCUGAUGUUCUUCUGGUUUGUAUGCUUCCAGUGCGGAUCUAUUUCCACAUGGAGUCGGGGGAUCUGCCCCAGAAAUUAUGCGAUUUUACCGGUCUCAUAAUGCUAAGUAACAUGUAUGGCAGCAUCCUCCUCCUCACAUGCAUUAGCUUUGACCGUUGCAUAGCAGUCUGCUUCCCGUUGUCUUCUCGAGUCCGUGAGGGCCGCAAGAAAGCAUGGUGCAUGUGUCUGGGAAUCUGGAUCCUAACAAUCGGAACAAGCUUACCGAUCUAUUUUAAAAAAGAACAGAACAAUUCCACUACUGAGCAAACAAAUGUCACGUGUUUCGGAAAUUUUCCGAGCUAUGCCACUCAAACAGCUGCUCUCAUUUCCACGCUAAUUAUUGGGUUUGGGAUCCCACUAACCGUUAUGAUUAUCAGCUCAUGGGGGCUCGUCCGGGCUAUAAGUAAAAGCACGGCUGUCCAGACUAGUGACCUAGUAGACAGUGGAAAGAUUAAAAGGAUGAUAAUAACUAACUUGGCGAUCUUUCUGUUCUGUUUUCUGCCCUAUCACGUUAUGCUUGUGCUACUUUAUGCCUAUAAAACUACCCAGACCAGGUGUUCACUGUUAACCCCCUACCAGUACAGCCUCAUGGUAGCUUGUCUGAAUGCAAUGCUCGACCCCCUGGCCUACUACUUCACAACAGAGACGUUUCAAAGAAAAAAAAUGGGUGUUGAGACUACCACUGUACGCAAAAUAUGGCAAACAAACAGUCACAGCUCGGACGGAAACAACCGUUCGCGUGCCCCACUCACAAUGUAAGGGGCAGCUCAACUCUCAACUCUGAAGACGAAAACCAACGUUUUGCAGGUCUCGUGCUUACAGUGAAAUGGUUGACAUGAAAGUUCUCAUAUAGAUUUCUGCUGUAAUAGGAAGGAAACAUCAAGAGAUUAGAGAGUUCAGUCGAAUAUGACUCAUACGUUAAAAAACAAAGAAUGAAGAAAAGAAGGAAGCCACAAGUCUUCACCCUUCUGGGUGAGCUGCUGACUGCAUGCAAACAAUGUCUGAAAAUAAGUGUUAUGUAAAGUUUAAGUUCCUUUUUAGAGGGCCUUGGUUUUUCUCACAUAUGCAUGAUUGACAAAUUAAGAUCAUUACUUACAGUGAACAUGUUCUGAGUUAGAUUUGAGCAUUAUAUCCAUUUAUAUAUUUGUAAAGUUUCUACAAUUUGUUAAUGAUUCAUAGCCUUUCAGUUGUGCAGUGGUGUUUUUGUUGUUGUAUUUCAGAUGUUACUGUUUAUAAGUAACUGUGCAUGAUAAUUUUGUUUUUGUAUUUUUGAAAUUUACAUAAAAUAUGUACAUAUGUGUUUAA